AUGCUGAAGGUGCCGGAGCACCAGGUGGCGGGUCACAUGGCAAAGAACGGCGUUCUGGGUCCGCUGGUGGACGAUUCUGGAAAGUUCUACAAGCCACUGCAGGACAACGACAGGGGCUCCGCCGAGCUCUCCUUCUACACCUCUCUCGCCGUCCCACCGUCCAUCCGCCCCUUCUUCCCAGCAUUCCACGGCACCGCCGUCGUCCCCGCCUCCGACGGCUCCGGCCCCCACACCCACCUCCUCCUCCAGGACCUCAUCGCCCCCUACACCAAACCCUCCGUCAUGGACGUCAAAAUCGGCUCCCGGACCUGGCACCUCGGUCACUCCGAAGACUACAUCGCAAAAAGCCUCAGCAAAGACAGAACCACCUCAACCAUCCCCCUCGCCUUCCGAAUCACCGGCGUCAAGGACUCCCUCUCCUCCUGGGAACCUUCCAGAACCUUCCUCCAGACUCUCUCCGCCGAGGGCGUCGCCCUGGUCCUCCGCAAAUUCGUCUCCUCCUCCAACUCUGACGAUUCCCGUUCCGACCCCGAUUGCGACUUUGCGGCGGAGGUUUUCGGCGCCGUCUUGGAGCGGUUGGUGGAGCUGAAGGCGUGGUUUGAGGUUCAGACUCUGUAUCAUUUCUAUUCAUGUUCUGUUCUGGUGGUGUAUGAGAAGGAGAAGGGGAACGCCAAGCCUCUGGUCAAACUCGUUGACUUUGCUCAUGUCGUUUCUGGGAAUGGUGUGAUUGAUCAUAACUUCUUGGGUGGCCUCUGUUCCUUCAUCAACUUCAUCAGGAACAUCCUUCAAGCUCUGCAUCAGAAUAAUUGUAAGAUUGUUAGCGGUCAGGGAGUUCAUGUUACAAUCUACACUAUUUCAGAAAUAUAAUGCAACGAUACAACUAACAAUAAAUGGGCAAAAUUCCAGAUAUUGGGGAGUCAAGAACAUCACUCCAUAUGAUUUGCAUUCCUUCAAUUGAAAGGUGGCAGCAUAGCAGGAUUACUGGGGAGGUGGUGGCGGAGGCAUAGACUGAGGGUAUGGCAUAGGCCGUCCACCCUGAUGCUGGGGUGGUGGUGGCGGACGCCAGACAGGUGGUGGCUGACUUCCCAUUACUGCUGGUGGUGGAAGAGGCCUGGGAGGAGCUUGUGGAGGUGGUGGCAUCUGCUGCAUACCAGGGUGUGGUGGCCUGAACUGCUGAAUUUGAGGUGGAGGUGGCAUAGGCUGUUGCGGAUGCCAGGUUGGUUGUCCAGGUACUGGCAUAGGCUGGAACGCAGCAGCUUGAGGGGGUGGUGGACGAAGGGCGGGAAUCGAACCAGGAGCGACCCCAUUAGCAAAGGGACGGGGAGGCACUGGUACAACCCCAUUAGCCUGAGGAACAUUGGGAAGUGUCGGAGGUCCACUGGCAAAUAAAGUAUGGGGCCUGCUCUUCUGUGCAGUUGGAUUACUUGCAGCCAAAACUCUUUCUGCACCACGGAAGAAAUAUAUUAGCAGAUAGUCAGAUACUACAAAAAGGAACAAUAGGCAUGAAUUAAUCCAUAAAAAAAUAUAGAAAUAGCAUCAAGAAAGGUCUUACCUGCCGGGGUACCAUGCCGUUCACCCUUAGUGUCUUUCUUAUAAGCAUAUGACACUGUAAUUUGACGAUUGCAAAGAUAUUGUCCAUUCAUCGCCUAUGAAAUAUACAAAUAUUCAAUAUCA